AUGUUCAACCGAUCACGUUCGUUGAGUACUAUUGUACGUCGCGGCUAUAACCAGGCGGCACAGGAUAUGGCUGGUAUCAAACCUCCGAAGGGACCAGGUGGUAGUGGUAGUGGUAGCGAAGGUGUCAAUGCCAAUGUACCUGGACUGAGCAGCAACAUUGUCAAACCAGCUUCCGGUCCUCUCGGUCCCGGUGCGUCUCCAACUGGUGAUUACAAAGUCCCCGAAUACUACUCAUUUAACCGCUUCAGUUACGCCGAAGCAGAAGUCGAAAUAGCAAAAUAUCGCUUGCCUCAACCUUCAGCACACCGAAAGUAAACAGCUGUAGUCGACAUGUAUAAAGCAUUGUGUUAAAAAAAAAUAACUAAAAUUAAUUAUCAAAAUAAAUAGAUCAACAAGUA